UUCAUCAAAUAAUGUUUAAAUUUAUGCUGGAAUAUUUUUGCUGUUUCUAAAUAUUUCUAUAGGUCGCUUAUUUCAUAAAUAAUAAUUAGUAUUAUAUCAAUAUUUUUACUUAACUUUUGCAUUUAUAAUUUUAUAAUGCGUAAAAAUGGUUUUGAUUAUGAAUGAUAUUGUUUGAGUUUUUUUUUAUCACUUGCUUUGACUAACUUGCGUUUUGAAACGAACUAUUGUGAUUGAAUCAUGGUGGAAAACGGGGGUUCUAGUGGUGGAAGUGAAAGCCCUAAUGCCACUUGUGUACGAUCAGGAUUGCUGGAGACGCUUGUUCGGGGUGUAUGGUAUCGCGUCCAUUGCUCUCUUGAAGAUGACUAUUUAAGUGUUUGUUUAGAUGAUGGAUACGAUGCAACUACUACGCUUAAUGGUACCUUAAAUAAUAACAAUGUGGAAACUCCAAACAGUGAUUUUACAGAGGUACCAGAAGCAAUAGCAAACCAAAAAAGAGUUGUACAAGUGGUCAAAUCUGAUAACAAUGGUCUUGGUAUAUCAAUAAAAGGAGGAAUUGAGAAUAAUAUGCCUAUACUCAUUUCAAAAAUCUUUAAGGGUAUGGCAGCAGAUCUUACAGAACAGUUAUAUGUAGGUGAUGCUAUUUUAUCAGUUAAUGGUGAAGACUUAAAAGAUGCAACUCAUGAAGAAGCAGUAAAAGCACUUAAAAGAGCUGGAAAAAUGGUUCAAUUAGAAGUCAAAUAUCUACGUGAGGUGACUCCUUAUUUUCGCAAGGCCUCAAUCAUCAGUGAGGUUGGUUGGGAAUUACAGCGUGGCUAUAUGAUGGAAGCACCACCAUCGCCACCUUCGCCUCGACGCAGACGCGCCGAUACUCGAUAUGUACCGCUGUUAAUGGCCUGUGUUGCUAAGAACCUUCGUCAUCACGAUCCUGAGGAGCGUACUAUCGAGAUUUAUUCCCCGGAUGGCGUUCACGCGUUAGCAUUACGAGCAACUUGUAGUAACACAGCUUCAGGCUGGCAUCGGUCGCUUCACGCGGCGGCGAGAAGGGCUUGCCGGGCUGCUUUGGCCCGUGCUAGGCCACGACUACGACCUUUGAUUGGAGAUGUGAGAUACGCUGGCUGGCUGGCCAGAAGACCGCCUCAAGACGUAAGUGUUAAGAUUGGUGCGUCAGCGGGGUCGGAUGAGUCAGAUGAAGCUGAAGGAUGGCAGCCGACUUUCGUCGCCAUUACGGAUCGUGAACUAAGGCUAUAUGAAGCCGCGCCGUGGUCGGCUGAGGCCUGGUGUGCGGCCAGCGAGUGUUUCGGGCUGGCCGCGACCCGCUUAGCCUGGUGGCGAAGGGGGGGUGCCGGGGCUGCAGCCCUCGGGGUUCGAGCGGGCACUCCGGCGGGACUCGCGGUGCGUUCGUUGCGGGCGGACACCCCACACGACCUUGCAGAAGUUGCAGGUGCCCUGGUAGACGGUGCACACCAUGCAGUGCGGGAACAACCUGAGUUUACUUUUCGUUGCCGAUACCGGGGCGCCUGUGGGCGAUUAUCUCUAGGUGCGAGUGGAGUAUGCGUGUGGGAGGCAGCGGGGUCCCUCGGCCGUGGUGGGGCGAGGGCUCUUUACCGACGACCUUUGCACGCCCUUAGAGCCUCCGCUGACGACGACCGUACAGCACUGUGGUUGCACUUCGCCGACGAUGAUACUCUGGAACUAGACAUGGAGGGUAGUCCAAAACCAGCUGUGUUUAUUCUGCACAAUCUCUUGUCCGCGCGAGUUCAUUCUCUACCGGCCGAAGCGUCGGCUCAACCGCUAUAACACGAGGAUGACGACCGAGGAACUUGUAACGAAUAAGGAAUAUUAGGUCAAAAUCAUUCCGCUAGGGGCGCUAUCGAGCCAAUAUAGCUAGUAUUCAUUUGAACAUUGACGAGAUUUGACAUUUGACAUUGACAUAGAAAAUUAACAUU